AUGGCCGAACCCACGCCAAAUCCCGCCCCUCCUGCUGAGACCCCAGAGGUUGCUGGUGAGGAUGCUGGCCCCUCCAAGAAGGCCCUGAAGAAGGCUGAGGCCAAGGCUAAGAAAGAGGCCGAGAAAGCCAAGCGGGCUGCUGAGAGAGCUGCUGCUACUGCUCAGGCCAACGCUGCUGCUGCUGAGGACCAUGCCACGGGCAAUUAUGGCCAAGAGACUCAUGAGACCAAGCUGUCCGAGGAUGCCACCGAGAUCAGUCUUAAGACGCUCAACGAUGAGCAUCUCGGCAAGAAGGUCAAACUUAGAGCUUUUCUCCAGAAUGCGAGAAUGCAAGGCGCCAAGAUGGCCUUUGUUGAGCUGAGAGAAACCGGCAACUGGGCGAUCCAGGGCGUGGUUGCGGCGAACGCUGAUGGUUCAGUGAGCCGUCAAAUGGUCAAGUUUAUCGGAUCAGUUAACCCUGAGUCCUUCGUGGUUGUUGAAGCCACAGUCGAGAAGCCUCUUGAGCCCGUCAAGAGUUGUCGUGUCUCCAACUACGAGCUCCACUUGACCAAGCUUUUUGUCAUUUCCUCUGCUCCCGCCAUGUUGGGCAUGACCCUCUCGACAGCCAACAAGGCUGUCACAAACUUCAGCGAUGAAGAGGCCCCCGCGGAAGCGCCUGUGGAGGGUGUUGAGAAGCUGAGCAUUUCUGGCGAGGUCUCCGGUCCUCCGGCCGCCUCGAUGCUUACGCAUUUGGACAACAUUGUCAUGCACAAGCGCUCUUAUGUCCAGCAGGCCAUUGCUGACAUCCGCGUUGAGGUGAAGCACCUGUUCCGUUCUUACCUGCGCGAGCACGGUUUCAAGGAGUUUGAGCCUCCCUGCCUCAUUGCUGCCGCCUCCGAAGGUGGUGCCAAUGUGUUCCGCCUGCCUUAUUUCGAGAAAGAGGCUUUCCUUGCCCAGUCACCACAGUUUUACAAGCAGAUCGAAGUUCUUGCGGGAAGAAAGCGUGUCUUCUGUGUUGGGCCCGUGUUCAGAGCCGAGAACAGCAACACACCCAGACACAUGACCGAGUUCACAGGUCUCGAUUUGGAAAUGGAGGUGACUGAUUACCAGGAAGCUUUGCACAUGCUUGAGGGUGUACUCCUUCACAUCUUCCGCACCAUCAAGAAGACUUGCGCAGAUGAGAUCGCUCUCGUACGGUCGGUAUAUCCCUCGGAGGAGUUUCUCUUACCCGAGGAGGGCAAGGAGGUCCGCUUGACUUUUGCUGAGGGCCAAAAGCUCUUGAGAGAAGAAGGCCCAGAGGAAUUCAGAAAUGUCAGCGACUUCGAGGAUAUGAGCACACCCCAAGAGAAGGCUCUGGGUGCUCUCAUCAAGAAGAAGUACAACACCGACUUCUAUGUGUUGGACAAGUUCCCAUCUGAUGCCCGCCCCUUCUACGCUAAGGAGGAUCCCACUAAUCCCAAGGUCACAUUGGCUUACGACAUGUUCAUGAGAGGGCAAGAGAUUCUGUCCGGUGGUCAGCGUAUCCACGAUCCUGUGGAGCUUGAAGCUCGCCUUCGCACCAAGGGUGUCGACCCUAAGAGCCCGGGCAUUCGCGAAUACGUUGACCUGUUCCGUCAAGUCGGAGCGCCACCCCACGCUGGUGGAGGCAUUGGUCUUGAUCGUGUUGUUGCGUGGUAUCUCAACCUUCCCAGUGUUCACCUUGCCGCCUACUACCCACGCACCCCCAAGAGAUUGUUGCCUUGA